AUAUAUGAUACGGUCAAUGAAAAAUGUUACCGAACCACUCGUCUUAUUUGUAGAACGUCUCAAACGGAAAAUGAAUUAUGUUUUAACAAUAUUUUUCCCGAUGAUUUAUUUUAUAAAUGUCUUCUUUAUGAAAGUGUUCGCUAAACACAGGUCUUGGACAUUUCAGUUACAAAUUGAAGAGGAAUGUUUCGCGUUAAAUGAUCACCAUUAACAAGGAGGCUAUUAACCUAGUUUAACAGGAUGAAAGGAUAUAAAACAAUCAGAGCGGUUUUCUAUGGAGUGACGGGUCUAUUCUUUGUUUACAACGUUAUCAUUUCAAUACAGGGAAAUAACCUUGAGACGAGUUUUAGAACUCGAACUGUAUGGAUUAACUCCCCUAUGAAAAAUUUAACAAGAAAAGCGCAAGUGCCAGGAAGCAUAUCUCGGUUACUAGCGGAUAAUUUAUAUCAUUCUAAAAAUAGCUACCUGGGGUCAGAACGUUUCAAUGAUAGUACCGUACAUAUAUAUAAGAAUUUAUCUUUGGCUAUAUAUGAUAAAACAAGUACAUUUAAUGAUUCUAUAGAGAGUUACAAAAAAAUAAACAAAACAGUUCAAGCUGGAGCCAAUUCGUUAAGUGAUACAGCGGCUAGUGAAACAGAUCCUGAUAUACAUGCUGGCACGCGCAGUUUCAGCAGACAUUUAUCGUCUGGUAAAGCAGAUGACGUCACAAAUAAAGCACCAGAAAUGACCCAAGAGAAUGAAAAAGAUAUCGAGGACGUAGAUAAUAAAUUUGAUAUAACCGAUUUAGACGACCAUAUACAUUUUAAUAUACAAAAUGAAGAGAAAAAACAAGACGUGCAUGUUAAGCAGAAAUCUGCCAGAGAAUUAUAUAAAUGGAAUGGUCAGUAUGACACGAAACUAGCGUAUAAUCCAGAAUACCGCAAGACGAUUUAUGACACAUUUAAACGACCAGAUAUGAAUGCGGGAGUAGAUUGUUACAAGCUAUUGGAAAAUGAUGUAAGUGAAAUUGCCAAAGCUAAACAGAUUAUGAACCAUUUUCCAAGACGUGGUAUCGACGUCGAUAAAUAUGCAAGAACGUAUGACUGUGUAAACUUUCGAGGAGGUCGUGGAUACAUAGAACAUCCUUUGUCACAAAUGGAGCUAGACUUUCCGCUCGCGUUCGGAAUAACGGCUUACAGAGACGUAGAGCAAGUUGAAAGGUUAUUACGUUCUAUUUAUAGACCACAUAAUUUUUACUGUCUACAUUUGGAUUCUAAAAUGAAGCAGCUUGAACGACGGGCAUUUGAAAGGAUUGUUGCGUGUUUGGAUAAUGUGUUUAUCGCAGACAAAUCUCUUAAUGUAACAUGGGGUGAAUUUUCAGUUCUGGAAGCCGAACUUCUGUGUAUGGAAAAGUUGAUGAAACACAAGAAAUGGAAGUAUUAUAUAAAUCUAACGGGUCAAGAGUUUCCUCUGAAAACAAACCGUGAAAUAGUUGCCAUUUUAAAUGCCCUAGACGGCGCAAAUGUUGUCGAUGGAACUUGGAUAAGGGCCACCAUCAGAUAUUUUUACCGCUGGACGAUAGCCGGCAAACCACCACCACAUAAAAUCCGGCCAAUCAAAGGGUCAAUACAUGUAGCUGUAAACAGACAUUUUGUUCAAUUUGCUCUUUACAAUCAAAUCGCUCUAGACUUCCUGGAAUGGCUGAAGAAAACUCAAAUACCAGACGAGACUUUUUUCGCUUCAUUGAAUCACAAUCCGCAUCUUGGAAUAAAUGGUUCAUUUUUAGGCGACGCUGAAGAAUAUCCACUCAAACCUUCACUAAUGCGUUACAAAAAUUGGGAGUAUGGUCAUUCUGUGUAUGUGAGAGGUUGUGCUGGGAAAUAUGUACGAAAUGUAUGUGUUUUGGGUGUAGGUGAUCUAAAUAGAGCCUACAACGACAUCGGUUUAUUCGCAAAUAAAUUCAACCUGGACUACGAGUUCCUGGCGCUUGACUGCUUAGAAGAAAUUAUGUAUAAGAAAACGUGGGACCAGUAUGUUGAUGAUAUACAAAUAGAUACAAACUACUACAAACGCUUGGAUUAUGUGAAAAAGAAGUUGUUUGUGCCACCAACUGUGACAUCGAAUGAAACGAUAUCGAAGAGAUGAAAAGUGUCUGUAUACUGAUAUAUGCAAUAUUUACUAUAAAAAGGCGGGUAAGUGACAUUGAGAAAAAAAAAGAAGAAAUGACGUAAAUCAGGAAGUAUAGUGUUCAAAAACAAAUUCCUAUAGGACUGCCCAGUUGCAUAAAAAGAGAAUUGAAACAUGAAUUAUUUACAAGUAAUUCUAACCGUGUUAUACUAAUUAUAUAAAUUCCUUAACCAUCUAGACUAAGCUCGUAACGAGAAUUGACCUGGGUAUCAAUGUAUUAACACGGUAAUAUCGGCAAUCAUGGGAUGGUUUUGAUUUUUGAAAUAAAUACAAAACAAAAUAUUAUGCUAAAAGUGAUUUUGUCAAUAACGGAAAGUCUGUAUUACAAAUUUUAUUCAAAUUAACGUUGAUAGUAUUCUUUUUGAUGACUAUAUCAAUUUAUAUAGUCAUCAUUUUUUUUAAUUAAUAAAGUAGUCGGGUCGUAGCAUAUGGGAUGGUGGGAGAGGGGAGGGUGGUCAUUAUGGUCUUUGACACACGCCGAAUACCUGUGUGUAUAUCUAUAAAAUGUGAUUGAGAAAAAAGACUGUAAUAUUAUAGGUAGCAAUUUUGAAGUUAGUACAUACACACGCCGAAUACCUGUGUGUAUGUAUAUCAAUAAAAUGUGAUUGAGAAAAAAGACUGUAAUAUUAUAGGUAGCAAUUUUGAAGUUAGUACAUUGUCUUUCAUUAUACAUAAUAGUAAACAAAAAUAUGUUAUAUA